CGCGUGCGCCCCCCCGCCCCCGCAAGGCUGGCGAAAGCGCCCUCAUUAACCCUCAUUGCUUGCGUCAUAAGUGUGCGUCGGCGGGCCGCGCGUCCGGCGCUUGUGCGGAGGGGCGGCACCCAACUGAUUUCUCGGAGGCGACAGUUGACUUGUCCUUAUGUGAAUGGGAGCCAGAAAACCUUGCGAAGUUCUGACCAAGCAGUAGCUUCUUCCUCGACGUGGACAUGGCACAAGAGAAAAUGGACCUAGACUUGGAGCUGCUGCCGAGUUCAGCCACCACAGACGACUCGCUGAAACGAUCCAACAGCGCCCCUUUGAUCAGUGGGCUUGGUGAUAAUUCACAGGUAUUCCAAGCUGACACGUUAACAACUAGAAGAAAUAGCACAACGCUUAUGACCCAACAAUGUCUGGUCAAUGUGAAGCCACUGAAGAAUUCUAAGUCUGAGACUGACAUGACCAGAUUUGCAUCUUUGAGAGACUACCCUGGCCGCAAAGCGUUUUUGCCACCUUCUUCCGUUCCCAUUCCUAUUCAUGCUUCCUUUGGUCGCCUUCACCAAAUCAAACAGGAAGAAGGCAUGGAUUUAGUAAAUAGAGAAGCAAUGCAUGAAUGGGAGGUACAAACUGCAAAACAGAUAAGUCAGUCUUGGGAAGAAAGCUUGAAACUGAGUGCCAGUGAUUUAGAGAAACCAUCUUCAAAGUGCAUUGGUUUAAUUCCAGUAACCCCAGCACCUUCUCCCACCAGGGGGAUUGGGAAGCAAUAUUUUUCUCCAUCGUUACAAACUUAUGUGAAUUACACCGCUCUGUCUCCAAGUCCUAGUCCCAGUCCUACGCAACAAUUUCCAAUAAGAAGAAAUCAAAGCCCCACCAACACUAUUAGACCAAGUAUGUUUGGAUCAUUAAAAAGAAAAGGUGAAAUGAUAGCUAAAGAUCCGCCUAAGAGAUUUUUCGAAGGCACGACCAACAUGCUUUCUCCCGAUACUACCCAACAGUCUGAUGUGAAUGUUUGACAAAGCGGAGUACACAGAGAUCUUUUGAAUUCUGUUGUCAGUGAAUGGUAUUUUCUUCCCCUGGUCUGUCUUCAAAUACUCUUGGUGGAACCAGUAGCAGCGCAGGAUCUUCUUAUAACUCACCAGUUGGCAUCAGCACCGUCACAAACUCCCGUGUCGUCUUCUGAUUCUCGUUCUCCCUUUAUUGUAGUAGACGAACUUUCCGCUAAGUGAUUCACCCAUCCCAAGACUUUCUCACCAAUGGAGAAACACACAUUUGCUUCUCUCUCUCUCUCUCUCUCUCUCUCUCUCUCUCUCUCUCUCUCUCUCACACACACACACACACACACACACACACACACACACACGUUAGAGCAAUAACAGAAUUGUGUGUUUUAGGAGUGCCUGGGUGGCUCAGUCGGUUGAGCGUCUGACUUUGGCUCGGGUAGUGAUCUCAUAUUUUGUGAGUUCAAGCCCCGCAUUGGGCUCUGUGCUGGCGGUGCAGAGCCUUCUUGGGAUUCUGCGUCUCUUCCUCUGUCUUUGCCCCUCCCCUGCUCGUGUGCUCACUCUUUCUCUCUCAAAAUAAAUGAACUUAAAAAAAUAAUUGCAAGAUAUAACUUAGGCUAUCUCCUAUUACCUUAUUUUCUCAAUUUCCUAAAAUUCUCUUUAUCUACAGAACUUGCAUGUCUAAUUCCUGUGUUUGCCCUUAAAAGCAACGUAGUGAUAUUUUCAAAGAUGUUUUCCAAAUAAGAACUAUAUUGAAGAUACAAUCAUACAUUUUCAAGCUGCUAAUGUGUAGAAACAUGCUGCACCUUGAGUUUUUAAAAACAUAAUUCAGAACUCUAUCUGAAUAAAUAAAAUUUUAAGUUCUGAUGAAAUAGAAUUGUUCUGUUAAUCAACAAGUAAAAUAAUUUUUUAAAUUCUGUACUGAAUACCUGUGCUAGUUCUUAAUGAUAUUUUCAAUAAUUAGAAAAAUCACCUGUCUUAAAGCAGUUUUUAACUUUUUAAAAAAUGUUUAUUUAUUUAGAGAGAGCACACACGUGUUGGGGAGGGCCAGCAUGUAACACUGUUUGGGGCUCCAUGCGGGUCAUGAUCAUGACCUGAGCUGAAAUCAAGUCAGAUGCUUAACCGACUGAGCCAUCCAGGCACCCCUAAAAAGCUUCUUUUUAAUUUUUUUAAAUGUUUAUUUUUGACAGAGAGAGAGA